CUGAUUGCGAAAAGGUAUUCUAGGCGUAGAUCCAAACGCGCGCGGACCCACCCAAUGCUCUUUCCUUCACCAAUAUACCUUGCUCUCUCACUUCAACUUCCGGCAUCGAGCACCUGCAACCUAACCUUGACGAAGUUCAGAACCCGAUCACAGGACAGACACAGUAUGGACUUAGAGGAAGCAUCAUUAUUACAAGAACUACACUACCUACAGCACGGAGCUCGAGUAUGCCCUUCAAUCGCCAGGUUCCAGCUUGUGUCUCUACUGACUGUACGGUGUCGCAGGAAGCGAAUUCCUCACCGCUAGAGACUGGAAAGGCUCUCGCAGAUGUAGGAGGACCUUCAGAACAAUUGUCACGGGCCAACUCGCGCAGUUCUCAGGAGCAAACCGUCAAGCUACAGGUAUACAAAGACACUUCCCACAUCUCGGAGCAGAAGUUGAAGCCCGACAUACCCCAUUCUCUUGGGAAACAUACACGACCGCAAUCCCAAACAGCCCGGAAAGUCGACCUGGGCGACAAGACUCGCAAACGUUCACGUAUGAUGCCCGAUACAUCUGAUGGCCACAUUGGUUUCUCGGGGAAAGCGAAAUCGACAGAUGAGAAUCACCCAGAAGCUCGUUCGCAUACUCGCAACAAAUGGACGGGACAUGUCAGUGUUCCGGAUCAACCGCAGGUUCGCGCCGUGAUUCUCGAGCAACUUCGGCUUAUUUCUGACGAACGUAUUGCCUUACUGGAGAAGCUGAAGGCGCUUGAGCUAGGAGAGAAGCGUCUCUUAGCGAUCCUACAUGAAGAGCAAGCCAAGUUGAUGGAGAACCGUCAAGAGGAGCAAAGGCGCCAACAGUCCGAAAUGACAUCAUCCGACACGGUAAAUCGCUCUUCCUCCGCGCGGAAGCGUAGUACGUCCAGAGCAAACCAAGCCGUCUUACUGAGUUCAGAUGUCGCGAUACCUUCGCGGUCCAGCCCACUUCGAAAAAUGUUCUCCAGGAAAUCGACCCGCAUUCCGCUAAACGACAAAACCGAGGAGUGUACUGUGUCUGCUGAGACUGUACUACGUCAUACGACAAACGGAUACCACGAACAAGAAAUCUCGAUGUCUCGAGAGCGGUACACACCGUGUCCACCAGGUGACAUCUCGAAGCUCCCACUUCCGCAGCGACAAAGAUCGGUGCAAGUUCCCACCAGGUUCAAUGACAAGGAUGAAGGAAUGCAUAACGCGAGUGGAAUCUGGCGCUCCAGUCGCCCUGGCACACCCCGCACCACAACUUCUAGUCGCCAACACUAGGCUCCCAGAAGAUGCCGUUCCUCAGGCCCUGUAUAAAGGCUUUGAUGGUACAUUCCAUGGACGGACUACACAUCGUAAGGCAAUUUUUGUGGAGACAGAAUGUACUUAAAGAUGAGCCACCAUGGUUUCAUCAUAUAUGUCUCUUAUUUGCCUGUUGACAGAGAUUGCUCCGCACUUUGAGCCUAACUGGAUGGGCCUGACAUUGCCGUCAGCCGAGUCCGGCAUGGCUUAUCGCUCCAUUCCUGGGCUAUCCCGAGACAAUCCAUGGG